AUGGACUCUGCGGCGUAUCAACCCGUGUUGGGCAGCACGAAUGCCUUGGUGAUGGAGGAGGAUCAAGACAUGGGCGAACAAUUUCACGAUGAACCUAGCAAUACUCACAAUCGAGUGGAACCGUUGGAAUUGGGAGAAAUCGACGACACUACUACAAUUAUUAGGACGACUACGAGCAUGGACGACGCCAUGGUGUGGCCGCACAUUUCCUUGGCCGUGACGAUUUGGUUUGUAGUUCCCGUCUUGGCGGCCGGUAUGGUAUUGGCAUUUUCCAUUUCCGGUCGCAUUUGGACGUGUGUCUUGUUUUCACUGCACAUGACCUUGUCGCUCUUCAAGGCGCGUUGGCACAAUCACGAAUUGAUUCAAUUAGACAAACUCAACUACAACAGCAAUGACAACAACAACAAAAAACAAGACGACCAAUUUACUAAUUAUCAAGAUGAUGAUGCUCACGAAUAUGGAGAAGACGCCAACGGAUACAACUCGCAGCAACAGCAAGGUCGUCACUAUCAUCACCCCCCAUCCAAGGGACUUGUCUAUUUUUGGAUGACAUCGCUGCCCUCUCUAAUGGACAUUGUUCUCUUUGGAUUAGUCUACCCCGCCAUUGCCGUUGGAUUCCGACCCUUCUUUGUCGAAUCCGAUGGCACUGUCGUCAUCGAAUGGACCCAUCAUUGGAGAACCUUGACAGUGGCCACCACCAUUGGCUGGAUCAUUUUCACCUGUCGCGUCCUCGUCGGAGCACGCAUGCUGCUUCACAGCAUACCCGCAUCCACCUACUAUUUGACCACCACCUAUUACACCUGUACAUCCAUUCCUCUUUUGGGCACAUGUGUCCGGUGCGGCAAUCUACAGAUUUGGAGACGCAUCAAACGCUGUUUCCGUGCUCCGCCAAGACCCAGAAUUUGCUGGCAAAUCAUGACAUUUGUACUCACUCUCUCAUCGACGUGUUUUCUCGGAUGGACUAUCUUCUCACUCAUUGUCCACUUUGGACCCUUUGAACCAGCACAACCACAAGAUUCUACAACCCACAAUACGCUUUGCAAUCCACUCGAUACCACCGAAUGCUCGUUCCCCUUUCCCUCCAUGCAUCACCUCAAAGUCGACACAACCACAGAAACGGGAUAUCGUGUCAAUCUACAUCCCGACACAUUUCCCACACUCAAAGGACGCAUCCCUCUUUCGCCCGAAUUCCUCAACUCUUUGGAUGGAUUCAGUACGGCCGGACCACUCCUCUUUUAUUUGGAGGGUAUGAAGGAAUCCCAUGAAGAAUACCUCCAACAAGUCCAACAGAAUGAACUACUCAAAACACAACCAAAACCAGGAGUGACGCGAUUACGGGGACACGAAGAAUUGGAUUGGUCCAUUACACCCUAUUCCACAACCCUCCUAUUAGAUGUCGAUGCCCGUGAAUUGGUACCGCACAGUGCCGAAAUUGAUUAUCUCGAUCCACAACGACCACUGGUCAUGGUAUAUCCCGCCGCACCACUCAAACACAAGACCCAUUAUGCACUGGCCGUCAUUAAUGCCACGGAUGCCAAUGGACAACGGUUGCCACCCACACCGGGAAUGAUGGAUCUGUUUCAACAACAACAAGGCGAUGGCAACAAACAGUUGGAUCGAAUCAAACACAAAGUAUUGCCGGCAUUGGAAGGGGCCACACACAGUACCGUGUCCGCCAAUGAUCACAAACACGAUUGGGGUGGUCCGUUUGGAUCCUACUUGCGAUCUAGAGAUCCGGGGUCGUUGCAAUUGCUGUUUGAUUUUGUCACGGCCAGUAAAACCACGCAAAUUGGACCUGUUCGAGCCGUACGGGAUGCGACAUUACAGUACAUUGACAAGGAAUGGGAUCAACCGUGGAAACUAGACAAUCAUGUGCGAGCCAUUCGGAUUGUCGAAGGAACGUGUCGCGACUCCACCUAUCCCUUGGCACGCACCAUUCACGGUGAACUCGAUGUCCCGUGGUUCAUGACGGGGUUUGGUCCGGGACAACGCGAUGCCACGUUGGAUGCCGCGGCCGUACAAUCGGGGGUUCCCACCACCAUUGGCAAGGCCAAAUUCGUCGUACACAUCCCCUGUUCCUUGAAAGAGUCGGCAUUGUCGCAUACUACUACACCGGCGAACAAGAUCAACAAGAAUGCCACAGCACAACCACUACGGGCCGUGAUGGAAUUUGGUCACGGACUGUUUUUCAAUCGACAAGAAUCGGGAGAGUCCUUUUUGAUCCAAAUGGCCCAUGAGAAUGGAUACAUUAUCACGGCCAUGGAUUGGAGAGGCAUGAGUCAAUACGAUUAUCCACUGGUGUUGCGAACCAUGUUGGCAAAACCGUCCCUGUUUGAAUCCAUAAGGGACAAUAUCAUUCAAGGAUACGCCAACAAGUUUGCCUUGCAACACUUUACUCGUCAUGGCAUGCUGGAGUUGCCGUGGUUUCAGUUUUCUCAUGAACACGACGACAGUGAAGGCGUUGCGACGCACGUCAUACCACAAUCCUUUGAUCCAUUGGAAGAUCCCAAUCUUCCCAAAGGCGAAGGAACUACCGAUGGGUUCAUUCCAUCCGUCUUUUAUGGCAUUUCCCAGGGAGGAAUCUUGGGCGCUGGAUAUUUGAGUUUGUCGGGCCCCACGGGGUUGAUUGCAAGAGGAGCAUUGGGUGUUCCGGGCACGCCAUUCUCUCUGAUCUUGUCUCGGUCUCUGCAAUUUGUGGGCUACGAUCUGGCAUUGUUACUAAACUUUUACAACAACCGACACGUUCGCAUCUUCCUGAGUCUAGCUCAAAUGUGCUGGGAUUCCGUCGAGGCGUCGGGAGUCCUGGGUCUUCCCCUGGACGAACCAGUGCCCCCUGCUAUCUUGCAGGCUGGUUUGGGCGACCCCAUUGUCCCGAGUCUUGCGGCAGAACGAUUGGCACGAGCCAUGGACGCCAAGAUCUUGCCCCACAAUCCACGCGGUCCACUUUACGGCAUUCCCCAGGCCCAGGCUGCCGAUGCCAAUCAACCUGGACCAAGGACUGCCCUCACUGAAAUGCUGUAUCAAAAAGACUACGAAGCGCUUCCAGUAGACGACGAGUUGAAGUCCAAAGGUGGCCGCGUCCACCUGUGUGUUCGACUAGAACCAGUUCUACAGCAUCAACUCAACGUCUUUUUCCAAAGUGGCCGAACGAUCGAUCCGUGUGCUACAAACAAAACAGCCUGCGUACGGGAAAAGGCGAUUUGCUAA